UUCAAGCAUUGCGUUACUCCAAACACGCCACAAAACGCCAUUUUACGGGGCACGUCCUAUUGUCCCAUUGCCAUUGUGUGAAUAAAUGACUGACUCUGUGUGGGUGCGUUUGCAUGAUGUGUCUGCCACGUCCUUUGGUGGAUGAAAGAAACGGUUAAUUUAAAACGCUAAGAAAUCGACCUGCCUGCAAAUCUAUAGAUUCGGCCAUCACAUCAUGGUAGUUUGAACGAAGCCACCAAUUAAAGCUUUAAUGAACAUGUUCGAAAACUUCCUGUAAAUCCUUUCGUGUACGUGAUUGCCUGUGCUUGUUAGUCUCACCAAAAACUUUGUUGUGUCAAAAAGCCACAGUUCCCAAUACCCAAGAAAGAGUUAGAGUGUAUUUAUGCAUUUGUGUGUGUGUGUGUUUGAGAGUGUCAUCGAUUACAAUGUGUGUGUGUGUGUGUGUGUGCUAUUUAAAAUGUGGCCAUUUAAAAAUAUGUGUCACCACCACACUAAAGGAUAUUGACCAUUAAGAGAAAUUUCCAAAGGAUACCUCAAAACAAUUGACAACCAACAUCAUUAGCAAAAUAUUCCAUUUCUAUGUUGAAGUGAGUAAAAGGAUUCACCUGUGCUCGAAUUUGGAAUACCUUUUAUGUGCGAGAAUCCUUUAAAAUGAUCGAGGAACAUCAUCCCAUGCAAAUAGGAAUGUUUCCAUUGGAUAUUAAACCAUGUCAGGCGGCUACACUCACACAGCAACAGCAACAACAACAACUCCUGCUACAAACCAAUGCUCAUCACCUUCAUCAAAAUCCCCAACAGCAACACAACAACUCUUUAAUGUCCAUGAACGGAAAUGAAAGAAUGUUAACAACGGCAACAACAGCAGCAGCAAGUACUUCCGCCUCACCAGCAGCAAAUGCAGGACCAUCUACAGCAAACCAAACGAAUGGAAAUUCUUCGUCGCAACACCAGCAGCAGCAGCAGCACUCUCUCACUCGCUCACUUCAUCAGCAAUGUGCCAAUGGAGCUGGAACAACGGCACUACAGCACAAUGGAGUUGGAGGAGCUGGCCCGGAAACACUUAAUGACAAUAUGACAAGCAACAACAGCAAUACAACAGCCACAACAACAAGUGGAACUACAAACAAUUUGGAGGCAUCACUUACAUCGCAACACCAGCAACAGUCACUGACGUGUACGACACUUGUCAACGGAAGUUGUAGCAACAGUCACAAUACCAAUGACAAUGGUGGUUGUAGUCACACAACAGCAACAGCAACAGCAACAGCAACGAUUGCAGCCACAAGUAUCAGUGGCAACAAUUCACGGACGAAUGACAACAAAUCUUCAACAAAUCCUUGUGGACCAGGACCUCCAGCCCAGCAACAGCUCCACAUAGCAUUGCACCAGCAUCAGCAGCAACAACAACAACAACACCAACAAGCCUUAAAUAUUCUUCAAAGCUCAGCCAACCGUUUAACAUUAACCGAAUGCAAUUUGAACAGUCUCAAUAGCAUGAGCUGCCCCAACAACAACCAUAACAACAACAACAAUGGCCACAUUAAUGGCAACAAUUGUGCCAACUCCAAUAAUCAUGCCCUCGAAACUGCUUUGGCCUUGCAACAGCACUUGCUGCAACACCACCAUCAGCAUUCGCAUCACCAUCAAUUGCACAAUGGCUCUUUGACCCCCUCCGCAUUGGGUGUAAUCGAUGCCCUGUGUCCGGCCGUAGCCCUGCCAUUGCUUUCCUCAAAUGCUUCAGCUGCCUCCGUCUCCUGCUCCACACCGAAUUCCAAUUCAUUGUCACCCAUGGCCUGUGGCUAUUGUUGCCAACCAAUUUGUGAUCGCUACAUAAUGCGUGUCGUCGACACUUCAUUCCACGAGAGCUGCCUUAAAUGUGCAACAUGUUCGUUGCAUUUGGUGCAUUCCUGCUUUAGUAGGGAGGGCAAACUCUACUGUCGCAUAGACUAUGAAAGGCUCUUUUUGCGUAAUCGUUGCCUUGGAUGCGGUCAUAAAAUUGCCGCCGACGAGCUGGUGAUGAGGACACUCGAGAACGUUUUCCAUUUAAAGUGUUUCGCUUGCGUGGUAUGUGGUGCCAUACUGAAGAAGGGUGAGCAGUAUGUCGUGAAACAGGGCCAACUGUUUUGUCGCUUCGAUUAUGAGAAGGAGGUGGAAAUGUUGCAAGGAUACGAUUUCUAUGGCGAUGAUUUGUUUGCCCCAAAAAUGGAUGGCCGCCGUGGCCCCAAGAGGCCGCGCACCAUACUCAAUACCCAACAGAGAAGAGCCUUCAAGGCAUCCUUUGAAGUGUCGCCCAAACCCUGUCGCAAAGUCAGAGAAAACCUGGCCAAGGAGACGGGAUUAAGUUUAAGGAUUGUACAGGUCUGGUUCCAAAAUCAACGAGCCAAAGUAAAGAAGAUACAGAAGAAGGCCAAACUGGAUGGCAGCCAUCCCAAGGGCACCAGUGACUCGCCGGAUUCUCAAGAGUCCGACAAUAGCAACAUGACCAAAAUCAAAGAUGAGGCCCAUAGCGAUACAGAGUCCAUGAUGGAUUCGCCCUAUGCAACGGCAUCAUCAGCGGAUACCAUGGCCAAAUUGAGGACUUGUAUUAAAGAUGAGAACGAUGGUCCUCCCUUCAAUUGUAUAGAAACUAAUAAAGAAAAUUGUAAUAAAACCAAUGAGCCCAUACUCAAUACAAUAUUGGGUUUGAGCUACUCGACAUUCCAGCAAUUAAUGGGGCCUUUUACGCAGACAUCUAUGAUCAACCCCAUAGAUCGUUUGUACAGCAUGCAGAAUUCCUAUUUUCGUCCGGAUGAGUUAGGCUACAGUGAAGGGGUGGGUGCCGGCGUCGCAGUGGGAGCACCAGGUACCAGUGGUGUUGGCCCCAAUAUGAAUGCAGCCCUGGCCAUGGGCCCUCUAGGCCACAAAGAGAUUACAGAUAAUUAAUUAUUUUCCAUUAAUUUUUAAAUAGUUCUUAAGGUGCUCUUUAAGAUCGCUAGUUAAGAG